GACAUCCCGUGCCCCUCCCGGCUCGGCGCUCCCGUGCCAAUGGGAUCGGCGGCCGCGGCCGAGCCCUCGGCGGGGCGGGGCGGGCCGGGAGCCGCCCCCGGCGGAGCCGCGGGACCCGCGGGCGGCGGAGCGGGGAGCCCCGGAGCUGACCCCCGGCGAGGUGUGAGCGGGGCCGGGCGGAGCUGCCCGGGCAGAGCCGCGCCGUGCCCGGGCACCGCCGUGCCCCCGGGGCGGGCUGGCAGCGGCGCCUCGCAGCUGCCCGGUGUUACCUGUGCAGAUGAACGAAGACUUCCCCAGCUGAGCUCUCCUGAGCCAAGAGCUGCGUGCGGGGAGGCACCAAAUGGUCUCUGUGAGCUGCCAGGACCUGCUGCCCUCCCUGACCGGCCCUUCCCUGCUCGAGAGCUUGGCCAGUGCCCUGCAGUGCAGGAUGCCACCGUCCCUUCUGCCAGGACACGCCGGUGACCGGCCUUGUGCCCACCCAGAGGGCUCUGGCCACGUCCUGGCGGGCAGCACCGGCCACGCCGAGGGCAUCCCGCUGCCCGGUGCCAAGGCAGAGCCCCCCAAAGCCCAGCUCAGCGAGGCCCAGCUCAGGCUGCCCGACUUCUGCCUCUCCCAGGACUUCAUCCCCACGCUGGAGGAGAUCGAGGAGUUCCUCAGGGAGAAGGCAGAGCUCCCCAGGGAUGGAGCGGGAGAGCCUCACCCUGCGGGGUGGAAGGUGGAGAGCAGAGCUGAGCUCAGCUCUGGGGCACAGCUCAUCCCCAGGGCGCACCAGGGAGAGGGAGGACACAUCCCAAACGCUGCCGCUGACCAGGCAGCGGCUGCUGGCAGCAUCCCCGUUGUCCUGCAGCUCCAGCCUCUCCCCAUGGACAGCAUCCCCUCCCCGGCACAGGCUGGGGGUGUCAGGGUGGCCCAGCUGCUGAUCAGCCUGCAGGGCCCGAAUCUGCCCCUCAUCCCUCAGCUGCAGCCCCCCGGCCCCGUCCUGGACCAGAAAUACAUCCGGAUCGCGCCGCUGCCCGCGGCCCCGGGGGACGCGCGGGAGGCGGGGGCGGCCCCCGGGGCUCCGCAGGGCUCCCCCGGCCCGCUCCGCGCCCACCGCUGCGCCCACCCGGGCUGCGGGAAGGUUUACUCCAAGAGCUCGCACCUGAAGGCGCAUUUCCGCCGCCACACGGGGGAAAAACCCUACACCUGCGCCUGGCCCGACUGCGGCUGGAGGUUCUCCCGCUCGGAUGAGCUCUCCCGCCACAAGCGCUCCCACUCCGGGGUCAAGCCCUACCAGUGCACGGCCUGCGAGAAGAGGUUUGCCCGCAGUGACCACCUGGCCAAGCACCUGAAGAUCCACCGGGGCCAGCCCUGCAGCCCGCGGACGCUGCCAGGGGGCAGCAGGAGUUAAUUCCUGCUGCUCGUCCCUCCAGGGAGGUGCCAGGGAGGGGGAUUCAGAGCAGGAAGCGCUGCUGAGGAGGGGGAGAUGACUCCUGGACAAGUGACAGGAGAUUUUGUUGUCCCUCUUUUCGAGGGUGAUGGUAUUCCCGGGUUGUUUGUGGCCUUUCUGUCCCUCUUUGAAAUACACGUGAUGGAAACCAGCGUGGGUUUGGGGUGUGUGGGGGAAAUUGGGGUCACGCUGAAAAACAGGGAUCAGGUGUUUCAGGAUCCCUGAAUCCCAGAAUGGUUUGGGUUGGGAGAGACCUUAAAGCUCAUCCCAUGGGCAGGGGCAAUUCCCGCUAUCCCAGGCUGCUCCAACCUGGCCUGGGACACCUCCAGGGAUCCAUGGAAUUCCACCCCAGCCCCUCAUCCCCCUCAGAGCCAGGAAUUCCAUCCUCAAAUCCAUCCCUGCCCUCUGGCAGUGGGAAGCCGUUCCCUGUGUCCUGUCCCUGCAUCCCUGAUGGGAUGGGGAUGGAUGGGGGCUGAAACCAAUAUUGACACUUCCCAACAUGGUUGUUUUGUCCCUAAAUCUGCUUUUUUUGGGGUGCUGGUGGUUUCUCACCUGGCUGGCCCUGGACACUGUGGUGUCCUCUGGCUGCUCGACAACACCACAGGGACAGGAGCCGGAUUUUGUGGAGCCUCAAAGGCACCAGGAGAACAGCGGGCAGCACCAGCCAAGCCCUUCCCACCACAGAAGGACAUUCCCAAGGAUGUGCGAGGAGCCCCGAGGAGCUGAGAGCCCCAGCCAGGGCAGCAGAGCAGCUCUCAGGCUGCUGACGUCCUCCCCCUGUUUGCCUUUUGGUUAAUUAAAGGCCAGCUCCUCGCUGGGCUGCCAACUCCCCGAGCCUCUGCAAACACCUGGGAGGGAGCGAGGUGCUUGUACAAACACGGGAUCGGCGUCAGGAGCUGCGGGAGGGCUGCUGCCCUUUCCACGGGGCUGUGCCAGCCUGGAUUUCGGUGCCUGCAGGCUCCGGGCUGUGCUGGUGCCCUCUCGCUGAUGCCCUGGCAGGGCACAGCUCCAGGAGCUGCCCUUGAGCUGCUGUGGGGAGAGGGGAGGUCGAGUUGAACCCGAAAUCAGCUCAGGUCUUCUGGCUGCCCCGUGGAGGGCGGGUUUGGAGAGCAGAGGAUGUUCCCUGCUGGCCCUGAGGAAGGAGGAGGCUGCAGGGGUGGAAAUGGAGGUGGUGUCCUGCUCUGAGGGCUGAGAGGAGCUCCCCUGGGUGAGGCACCAAAAUUCUGGGUGAGAAACGUGAGGCUGGGAAGGGCUCAGCCCUUAUGGGGCUGGAGGUGGCUGUGGUGUCCCAGCAGAGCUCCAAGGAAAGAGGAGCAAGGCAGCUGAAAAUCCUGCAUUUAUUUGUUAUUCUAAAAUAUUUGGGGAUGCUGAUUCCUUCCCCAAAGGAGCUGGAGACCGACAGGGCAGGGCCCUUCUCAGCUCUGAGGCUGCACUGAGGGCUCCUCCUGCAGUUUGUCACUCCAGGGCCACAAUCCAGCCUGGCACCUGCUGCUGUACGAGCAGGAGAAGUGUCCUUUCCCCCACAAACAGCUAAAAAUUCCUCCAAACCCCAAACUCCCUGUGCACAGAUGCUGAGGAGAAAUGUAACCAAAGCUGGCUUGGGGUUUGGAUCCUUCCUUGUGGAAACAGCAGCUGAGGGAUGGCUCCUGGCCCGGGGAAUGGGCUGUGGCUGCUCCUGAGGAGAGUCCUCAGGGUGAUUCCCAAAAUCCACCCGCGUCCCUGCCGCCCUGGAUGCCCGGGCAGGGCUUGUGGCAGGAGUCCCACUGCUCUCCUCAGCUCCAGGCUCUCCCCAGGGCCUGGCAGGGCUGAGCCCUCCCUGCUGAGCCCCAGGUGUGGCUCGGCUGUGCUGCCACCGCCGCCUGUGGCAGGGCUCUGUCCCCGGGUGUGCAGGUGGAGGUGUGAGAGCCCCGGGGGCUCCUGGCAGUGUUUGCAGAGCUGUUCCUGCCGGGAGCCUUUCCCAGGGAUUUCCUGGAGAGCUGAGCUGCCCUGGGAGCUGUCCCCGUGUGCUGUGGGUGCUGCAGCGCUGCUCUGGGCUGGCCAGGUGUGACCAGGUGUGAGCAGAUAUGAGCAGGUGACCCCAGGUGUGACCCCAGAUAUGAGCAGGUGUGACCCCAGGUAUGACCAGAUAUGACCAGGCAUGACCCCAGGUGUGACCCCAGGUGUGACCAAGUGUGGCCAGGUGUGACCCCAGAUGUGACCAGGUGUGACCUCAGAUAUGACCAGGCAUGACCUCAGGUGUGACCAGGUGUGAGCAGAUACGAGCAGGUGACCCCAGGUGUGACCCUAGAUGAUCCCAGGUAUGAACAGAUGUGACCAGAUGUGACCCCAGGUGAUCCUAGAUAUGAGCAGAUGUGAUCACAGCUGUGACCCCAAUGUGACCCCAGUUGUGACCAGAUGUGGUCCCAGGUGUGACCAGGUGUGAGCAGGAUCCAGCGGGGAGCCCCACCCCUGUUGGGUGAUGCUGCAGGGUGAGCAGCCGGCUCUGCCCCAGCCCAUUCCUUUUGUUGCCGUGGUUCGUGCCCGGCUCAGACUCGCCCCGUGCCCUCUGUGCCGCGGGCUCUGUGCCCGGGCCCCGUGCCAGCCUGACUCACGCCCGUCUCUGCCUUCAUCCAUCCCCCUGCUCCUCUCAGCGCUCCCUGCCCGUCCCGGACCUGCCCCGUCCUGCCUCCCUCCGCUCCCAGCCCAAGGCAACGCGCACACGGCAGAGUUUCCAGAUUUUGGAGGGGGAAGUUUUGGGUCUCAUCCUCAAUCCAAGGCCCCUCUCCGCUCUCCAGAGGAUCCACGCUGCUCCUGGGUUGGUUUUGCUGGGGAACACAGGGCUGGGAGCGCUGGGAGCAGGGACUUGGAGCUCCCCUGGUUUGUUUUUCCAUCCUUUUCCGCCAACCGCAAAGGGAGAGGAGAUAUUUU